UCUCGUUAAAAAGAGAAUAAACUUCCCGAAACAUCGUAUAAGGUAUAUAAACAGAGAAUGUUUCAGUCUUGUUCAACAAACAAAGAAAUAGUGGAUUACCAAAAAGUGAAAUAAUAAGUAAUUAGUUGUAAAACUUCAACUGAGGAUAAAAAGAGAAAUAUGUCUUGGAUUAUUGUACCAACGCGAAGACAGAAUUUUGGAUUCUUCGACCGGCAAAGAGAUUUAUUCUCGGACUGGCUGCAUUUAUUCGACGAUUCAUGGCAGGGCUUGGGUUUGGAUGAUUCAACCAGGCGGUUUGAGAGGGAACUUGACCGGGUGCGCUCUGAACUUCAUAGAAUGGACGUACAGCCAGUGAUGAUGGACGAAACGAUCAAUCCAUUCAUUGUUGAUCCAAAUGGUCAGCACAAGUUUUCCCUCCGUUUCAACUGCUCCCAGUUCAAACCAGAGGAGAUUGAGGUGAAGACCGAGGAUAAUCUACUCAAAGUGCACGCAAAACACGUAAAGGAGGAGAAAGGUCGCAAAAUUCACCAGGAGUUCACCAGGCAGUACAUGCUUCCGGAAAAUGUCGACCCAAACAAGCUGAAGUCGCGUCUGUCAGAUGAUGGCGUUCUCCAAAUCGAGGCUGAUGUGCCUCCACCACAAAUCGAGCCACCAAAGGAAGUUAUGAUUCCAAUCGAGCAUCUAGAGUCCAAGAAAAAGCCAGAGGCACAGAAAAAGUAAAUGAGAAAUUUAGACUCUGCAAAAAUGACAGUUACUGUUUAAUGUGAAAGUACACAUUUGUGUUUUUUUCUCUUUCCUGUAUAACUACGUUAAAGACGUUUUGUGCACUGUUGUAUAUGUACCUAUUGGACUUGAUAGACUGACUUUCAAACUAAUUUUACUUACUUUUAUCAUGAGAAACUGAUUAUUGUAUCUUAUGUCAGGAUAUAAGUUAGAUUAUGUCAGAUGUUAGAUUGUAUUUUGGGACAUUCUUCUUCUGUUUAUAAAAUACAUAUUAGAAAAUAGUUUCUUCAUCUUUUUUAAAAUACCAAAGUAGAAGAUAGUAUGUGUACCUUGAUAUUGUUCAGUUAAUCUGGUUACAUGUUACUUUAGUAAGUUUUGAAUAAGUUAAAAAAGUGUAUGUGAGAUGCAUAUAUAGUUCAUACAAGCAACUUUCAUUGUCAUCAUUUUUGUAUAAGCUUUGUUCAUACAAUAAAACUUGUGAAAAUUGUAAGAAA